AUGUCUAACACUACUGCUCGCUCUUUCAGUCCUGUCGACUGCAGUGACAAAGUCGAUGUCGGUGGUAAAGUCGGCGUCGCUGGCAACCACAUCUUCAUGGAUGUCGAAAACCUGCUCGUCGACUGGCCAACGUAUACAAUCAAGUUCACGCCGACCCACCCAGGACCCGUGACACUUAUAUUGCGUUUAAAAGACGCGUCUAGGUUCAAAUAUGUCGAAGACGAGGACAGCGACAUGGACACAUCAGAAUCGAAGGCUUGCAAGAUCUCUUCGUCUAGCAUGAAGGACGACCUGGAUGCGACAUUUGUCUCCGAAGAGACAACCUCCAAGACCGAGGAUAACCCCAAUCUCUUCAUCGCAACUCCAGUGAGGCUCGACGCAAUCAGGAAGGACUUUUCCUCGAAAAAACGCAAGCUCGGUCACGGUCACUUCUUUGGAGAUGCAGAUUCCGCUUGGCCCCCCCGCUGGCCUCGUGGCUACCGAAAUGUUUCUUCUUUACCUAUCUCAGCUUUUGAGAGCCUUAAGAUUACACCUGCUGAUGUAGUAGCCAUUGACAAAACUACAUACUCAUUCCCUGCAACUUCAUCUUCAUCCUACACCUUCUCUGGCGAAGGCUCCACCCCCACCAAGCCAGACCUCAAGCCUAGCGUUGAGUUCAGAGAAGGUCGCAGGCGCAGGAGAGGUGACGGAUCCUCUGUCACUAACCAUGCCUCUUCCGACCCCGCAUCCAACCAGAACGUAUCACUAGAGGACUUCCAUUAUAAGGCUUUCAACAGCCAGAGGCGCUUGAGCGCACAUGAGACGCUAUGCGAGACUCACCAUGAAUUCAGCACGCAGAUCAGCAAAUCAUACCGGCGCUCUGAAAGAAAUCGCAAGAUCAAGAAGAGAAAAACCAACCGUCAGGAGUCUUUCAGUGGAGAGGAGGAUGCCCCCCAAGAAAUAGGUGACGUGCAUGCCAAAAACUGGCAUAAUCAGAACUAA